CAGCGUUUGGAGAGAGAAAGAGAGACACUUUGGUACAGAGAGAGGGGAGAAAGAAGGGAGAGAGAAAGGAUUUCACUAGACUAAUGGCUGCACUGCUACUGGACUUGGGCUCGCUUUCGCCGCUGCUGUUUCUCCUUCUCCUCAGCUCUUUGUUCACUGUUAUCCCGGGGAGUGCAGCGGGGCCGUGCUGCCGCUCCCGGUGCACCCACCCAGCCCCCGGAGACGCUCAAAUAGCCAGCUUGCCCGACGGAACGGUAACGGGGGCUUUGGCUGCGGGCGACUGGAAGAUCCACCCUGCACGGACGGUAGGGUCGCGUGGACGGGAAUUGCAGUGCUCACGGUCCAGUGCAGCGGGAACCCCCUCAGUUUCGUUGAGUCCUGAUUACCGGAGUUGUAGUGUUUGGAAAUCAGAACCGGCAGCGCACACCGGACGCUGUCAUCGCCAGCCUGUGUGGAGUGACGGUGGCAGCCGAGAGAAGGGCGUUGUUUCUCGUGUUCUCGUCUCUCCGGUUCAGUAUGGCAAAAAGAGGACUGUACAAAGGACUAGAACGCGCUCGCGGCCAAAGACGCGCCUCGGCACGGACAGUGUCUUUGCUUACAGCGUGUUGGAUAACUGUCGAACCUUGGAUAAUAAACCCAGGCCUAACCACUGCCCAUAUCAGCCCAAACGGGAGUUUGCCUUUGCCAAGACACCAACUCAGCCCUUAUUAAAAGCCUAUUCUUAUUCUAAUGUGGCUUCAGACGCCAAUAAAUUGCACAAAGCGACAGCGCACCAUCCCCUUUCAGGACCCCUGAAUGUUAUCGAUCUCACCAGAGAGGACUGGAACGGGUCAAGCUUUGGGUAUGUCCACGGGAGCUCGGAACCGUGCGCACGGCAGCUCUCUCCGGUGCUUGGAAGCGAAACAAGCAGCUGUCUCGCGUCAUACUGGAUCACAGGUUGUUCUGAGAGGCAUCCAGCCUGGCACAGCAGUGACUGGCACAGGUUCAACAUUUCUCUGAAGCGCUACGGUGUUUGUAGAAGGCAAGCGAGAGAAAACACAAACACCUCAUCUUCAUAUAACAACUCGAAAGUACAAUUUGUGCAUAAGAAAUCUGAUCCGAAUAGUCCACAUGGUGCACUCAGAAGGGAUUUAAUAUCACGGGUUGACUGGACCAGGACUAAUACUCGUUUUGAUGACAGAAAUGCUAAUUACAACAGAUCAACUGCAAUCAGCGCUGCUCUGUCGUAUAAUGGUGAUGUAUACAACUCUGACUCAUCUGCUACUGGCACUCCCAGGGGUCAUAAUGCAUCGCAUAUCUACCUCUUAGUCGAGCUAAACUUUUCGAAACGUUUCCGUGACUCAUACACUCACACACGAGUCACUCGCUCAGAGCGCGCAAAAGAUUCAGCACCCGGGCAGUGGACAGCGCCUUUCGCCGUGCACGAGCACGCUUACUCAAGUGACUUUACUAAAAGUUUGUUUCUGAUGAACUGGAACACUAACAAUAACAAUAACUGCGACAAAAACCACAAUAACAACAACAACAACAACAACAGUAGUUCAGGUGAUCAAAAUGCAAACGAAACCCAAAAUGUUCCUGACAGUGAUGAGCGUGAGCUUAUAAGAGGGGAAAGCGCACGUUUUCCUUGCUCCGGUGCGCGAGCAGAGCGUGGAGACUACAAAACCGACGACAGCUUAAACGCCGAUGGGGGAGCCACGCGGCCGCAAUUAAAAUCCGGUAAACGGGUGUCAUUACAAGCAGAGGGUGUCAGUCAGCAAGAGGAGCAGCUGGAAGCCGCGGCUGAGUGCGGUAGGAGGGAGGGACAGAUAGAGGGCGGGGUGAAAGGGGAGGGAAGGGGGGAGGGUGACAGACAGCCUGUAGAUGGAGAAUGGGAGGAAAGCAUGGAGUGGGUGAUUGCAGAAGACACAAAGGAAGAGAGAGUGUUAGAAGAGACAAAUUUACAGAGAAAAAAAGAAAAAGGUCAAGGAAAUGACACCUCUCAGCCAGAGCGAGAGAGUGAUGAUAACAAAGAGGGGAUGUGGACUGAACAAAAUGAGACUAAACAAAGCGAAGUUGGGGUCGGAAAUCAUUACAGCGAUAAACAAAAAUAUAAAGCAAGUGAUGAAGUGCUCAGGGAAGAGGGACAGGAAUACGGUGAAGAGCAGACAGGUAUGCCUCCUGUUGGGCGCUCCCGUAGAGCUGCUAAUCGACAACCUCAAUUCCCCCAGUAUAACUACCAGGUUCAAGUCGCUGAAAACCAACCUCCUGGCACCUCAGUCAUAGCUAUGACAGCUGAGGACCAUGAUGCUGGUGAGGCAGGCAGACUCAGUUACAGCAUGGCCCCUUUAAUGAACAGCAGGUCCAUGGAUUACUUCCAAAUUGACCCAAUUACUGGCCUUCUCACCACCACACAUAUUCUGGAUCGUGAACACAUGGACCUGCACUACUUUAGAGUUACUGCCACAGACCACGGCUCACCACGUCUUUCUGGUACAACUAUGGUGACCAUCACUGUGGCUGACCGUAAUGAUCACUCGCCUGUGUUUGAGCAAACAGAGUAUCGUGAGACCAUUCGGGAGAACGUGGAAGAGGGAUAUCCGAUACUACAGCUGCGAGCAACAGAUCUUGACUCAACAGCAAAUGCCAACAUACGCUACAGAUUCGUUGGAGAAAGUGCAGCUGUCGCACGCUCUGCUUUUGAAAUUGAUCCACGGUCAGGCUUGAUCACAACACGAGGUAUUGUUGAUAGAGAAACAAACGAGCGCUAUACGUUGCUUGUGGAAGCAAGCGACCAGGGGAGAGAGCCAGGGCCACGCUCGGCUACUGUUAGCGUCCAUAUCACUGUGCUGGAUGAGAAUGACAAUGUUCCACAGUUCAGUCAAAAACGAUAUGUAGUAGCAGUUCGAGAAGAUGUCCGACCACAUUCCGAAAUACUUAGAAUCAGCGCUACGGACCAGGAUAAAGAUGGCAAUGCUGCUGUGCACUACAACAUAAUCAGUGGGAACAGCCGUGGACAGUUUGCGAUUGACAGUGUUACAGGAGAAAUCCAGGUGGUUGCGCCGCUUGACUUUGAGACAGAGCGAGAAUAUACAUUACGGCUUCGGGCUCAGGACAAUGGCCGACCACCUCUUUCCAACAACACUGGAAUUGUGAGUGUGCAGGUCACCGAUGUCAACGAUAAUCCACCAAUAUUUGUAUCUACGCCAUUUCAGGCUACGGUGCUAGAGAGCGCUCCUAUUGGUCACUCCAUUCUCCACAUACAAGCCAUCGAUACUGAUAAUGGUGACAAUGCCCGCCUGGAAUACAGAUUAACAGGAACUGGCACAGAUACCCCUUUUGUUAUCAAUGCUGCCACUGGUUGGGUCACAGUCAGCUCAGAGCUUGACCGUGAAUCAGUAGAGCACUACUUCUUUGGUGUUGAGGCCCGAGAUUAUGGAUCUCCACCUCUUUCCGCCACAGCCAGUGUUACUAUCACAGUAAUGGAUGUUAAUGAUAACCGACCAGAAUUUCUUCAAAAGGAGUAUUACGUCAGACUAAAUGAAGAUGCAGCCGUUGGAACAAGUGUGGUCAGUGUAACUGCAGUUGAUCGGGAUGUAAAUAGUGCUGUUACAUAUCAGAUCACAGGUGGAAACACACGUAAUCGCUUCGCCAUUAGCACUGCCGGUGGCGCAGGACUUGUCUCACUAGCGCUGCCUUUGGACUACAAACAAGAGCGUCGCUACGUGCUAACAGUCACUGCCUCUGACAGAACUCUCCAUGACACUUGUCAGGUGCACAUCAACAUCACAGAUGCCAACACACACCGCCCUGUGUUCCAGAGCGCUCAUUAUUCAGUAAGUGUAAAUGAGGACAGGCCUCCUGGCAGCACUGUGGUAGUCAUAAGCGCAACAGAUGAUGAUGUUGGAGAAAAUGCACGCAUCACUUACUACCUGGAGGAUAACAUUCCACAGUUCCGAAUAGAUCCUGCAUCUGGAGCGAUCACACUUCAAGCCGAACUGGAUUAUGAGGACCAGAUGACUUACACGCUGGCCAUCACUGCUCGUGACAAUGGAAUCCCACAGAAAUCUGACACCACAUAUGUGGAGGUCAAUGUUAAUGAUGUGAAUGACAAUGCACCUCAGUUCCUGAGCCCCAGGUAUCAGGGUGGAGUCAGUGAGGAUGCUCCACCUUUCACAAGUGUUCUGCAGAUCUCUGCUACUGACCGCGAUGCUCAUGCCAAUGGCCGUGUCCAGUAUACAUUCCAGAAUGGAGAGGACGGAGAUGGUGAUUUUACAAUAGAACCAACCUCUGGAAUAGUCCGAACUGUCAGGAGACUUGACCGUGAAAGCGUUCCCUUCUAUGAGCUGACAGCAUUUGCCGUGGAUCGCGGCGUUCCACCUCAGCGUACACCUGUACACAUUCAAGUCAGUGUCAUGGAUGUCAAUGACAAUGCCCCAGUGUUCCCUGCAGAUGACUUUGAAGUUCUAGUGAAGGAGAAUAGUGCUGUUGGGUCAGUCGUAGCUCAAAUCACAGCGACUGAUCCAGAUGAGGGCCCAAAUGCUCAGAUUAUGUAUCAGAUAGUGGAAGGCAAUAUUCCAGAAAUCUUCCAGAUGGACAUUUUUUCAGGAGAACUCACUUCCUUAAUUGACCUAGACUAUGAGACACGUAAUGAGUAUGUAAUCGUGGUCCAGGCCACGUCAGCACCUCUCGUCAGUCGUGCCACUGUGCGUAUCCGACUGGUUGACCAGAAUGAUAAUGGGCCCCAAAUGCAAGACUUUCAAAUCAUCUUUAACAACUUUGUAUCCAAUCGAUCCAACACCUUUCCAAGUGGGGUCAUUGGACGAGUUCCAGCCCAUGACCCAGAUGUUUCGGAUCGCCUCUACUACUCUAUAGACCGGGGGAAUGAGCUGCACCUGCUGUUGUUGAACCACACAAGUGGAGAGAUUCGGCUUAGCCGAAAACUGGACAACAACCGACCACUGGUGGCCCCGAUGCUCAUCACCGUCACUGAUGGCAUCCACAGCGUCAGUGCUCAGUGUGUGCUGCGGGUGCUCAUCAUUACAGAGGAGAUGCUCAGCAGCAGCAUCACCGUGCGACUCCAAAACAUGUCCCAGGAGCUCUUCUUGUCCCCGCUGCUCACUCACUUCCUGGACGGGGUGUCAGCCGUGCUGUCGGUCUCUCCCGAUGAUGUGUUUGUGUUCAACGUGCAGCCGGAUGCAGAUGCAGGAAAGGUGCUCAACGUGAGCUUCUCUGCCGCACUGCCAGGAGGACAGUUUUUCCCCUCUGAGGCUCUGGAGGAGCAGCUGUACCUCAACAGGCCUCGUCUCAACGCCCUCGCACAUAUGGAGGUUCUCCCGUUUGAUGAUAACGUGUGUUUGCGCGAGCCGUGUCAGAACUACAUGAAGUGCAUCAGCGUGCUCCGCUUCAACAGCUCCGCUCCCUUUAUCGCCUCCCCAUCCACUCUGUUCCGGCCCAUCCAUCCCAUCACAGGCCUGCGCUGUCGCUGCCCAGCCGGAUUUACCGGAGAUUACUGCGAAAUUGAAAUUAACCUGUGUUACUCCAACCCCUGCAUGAAUGGAGGAGUGUGUGCUCGAAGGGAGGGAGGCUACACCUGCAUCUGUCGAGAGGAUUACACAGGUGAGCGCUGCGAGUUUGACCGACGUGGUGGCCGGUGUAUGGCAGGCAUUUGUCGUAAUGGCGGAACGUGUCGUGAGCUCUCGGGAGGGGGAUUCAGAUGCGAGUGUCCUGCUGGAGGAUAUGAGAAACCCUACUGCUCCGUCACCACCAGAUCCUUCCCACCAAAAUCUUUCAUGAUGUUCAGGGGUCUCCGUCAGCGAUUCCACCUCUCCAUAUCUCUUUCGUUCGCCACUUUGGAAAGUAAUGGUUUACUCUUCUACAAUGGCCGGUUUAAUGAGAAGCACGACUUCCUCGCUUUGGAGAUAUUGGACGGACAAAUGGUGCUUAAAUACUCUACAGGUGAGUCUUCUACUCAGGUGAGUCCAUACCUGCCUGGAGGAGUGAGUGAUGGCAACUGGCACACGGUUCACAUCCAUUACUACAACAAGCCAAAACGCAGUGUGAGCGGUGAGGUUCAAGGCCCGUCCGAUGAGAAGGUCGCUGUCUUGAGUGUAGACGACUGUGAUACUGCUGUUUCUCUGCGCUUUGGUGCUCAACUCGGCAACUACAGCUGUGCUGCCCAGGGAAGACAGACCAGCAGCAAGAAGUCUUUAGAUCUGACAGGCCCGCUGUUUUUAGGAGGAGUUCCUAACCUGCCUGAGAACUUCCCUUUUAGUACACGAGAAUUUAUUGGCUGCAUGAAAGACCUGCACAUUGAUAACAGACCAGUGGAUAUGGCAGGAUUCAUCGCUAAUAAUGGCACAUUACCAGGCUGCAGUGCCAAACUCCCUUUCUGCAAAUCAAACCCAUGCCAAAAUGGCGGCACAUGUCGGGUGAGCUGGGAGACGUUCUCCUGUGACUGCCCCGUAGGAUUUGGAGGAAAAGACUGCAGCUUAGUGAUGUCCCACCCUCAUCGUUUCCUGGGAAGCAGUGCGCUGUGGUGGGACCUGAAGAAUGAGGUCACCAUCACCACACCCUGGUACAUGGGGCUGGUGUUUCGCACCCGAUCCAAAGAAGGGGUCCUGUUGCAGGCUCAAGCUGGACAGUACACCAACCUGAUCUUCCAGGUGGUUGCGGGUCAGCUGGUGUUUUCUGUGGCCCGGGGUUCGACUCGGCCGGUCAGACUGCGACUGGAUCAGGUUCAGGUGUGUGAUGGACGCUGGCAUGACCUGCAGCUCGAGCUCCGCGAUGUCAGGAGCGGCAGAGAGACUCGAUACAUCGCCACAGUGCGCCUGGACUUCGGACUGUAUCAGGGAACGGUCAUCGGGAAUGAGAUUAAUGGUGUAAAAGUGAAGCACCUGCACGUGGGUGGAGUUUUAGGAUCAGGAGAGGUGCAAAAUGGUAUACGUGGCUGCAUUCAGGGGGUGCGUUUAGGGGUGCGUCCUGAUUCCCCUGCAUUGCCCCGUCCAUCCAGAACAAUCAAAGUGGAGACUGGCUGUAAUGUUGGCAAUCCGUGUAACUCUUCCCCUUGCCCCACCCACAGCCAAUGCACAGAUGAAUGGGAUCGACACACCUGUGUUUGUGAACCAGGAUUCUAUGGCAAAAGCUGUAUGGAUGCUUGUCAACUGAACCCAUGUGAGAAUCAAGCAAAGUGCCACAGGAAGCCCAGCUCCUCUCAUGGAUACAUCUGUGACUGUGAAGAUAGUCACUAUGGACAAUACUGCCAGCACAGGAUAGAGCAGCAGUGUCCUCGUGGUUGGUGGGGAAGCCCGACAUGUGGACCCUGCCAUUGCGAUCCCAGUAAAGGCUUUGACACGGACUGCAAUAAGACCACUGGACACUGCCAUUGCAAGGAGUUUCAUUACCGACGGCGGGGCAGUGACAUCUGUCUGCCAUGUGACUGUUACCCAGUGGGCUCCUUCUCAAGGUCAUGUGACCCAGAGAGCGGGCAGUGCCAGUGUCGACCCGGCGUGAUUGGCCGCCAGUGCAACAUGUGCGACAGUCCGUUUGCUGAGGUCACACAGACCGGUUGUGAAGUGAUCUAUGACGGUUGUCCGAAGACUAUAACAUCAGCAAUCUGGUGGCCCAGAACUAAAUUCAACCUGCCUGCUGCCGUCCCGUGUCCUAAAGGAUCAGUGGGAACUGCUAUUCGCCACUGUGAUGGAGAGAGAGGAUGGCUGGACCCUGACCUGUACAACUGUACCUCUCCUCCUUUUGUGGAGCUGAACACAGCUUUGGAAUCCUUAGAGCGAAACGAGACCGAACUCAACACCAUCAUUGAGAAGAAACUGGCCCAUCAACUGCGGGACGUCACAGAGGCGACGAGCCGCCUGUAUGGCAAUGACCUUCAGAUCGCCGAGCGGCUUCUGUCCCGCCUGCUGACCUUCGAGAACCUCCAGUCUGGCUUCGGCUUGACGGCCACUCAGGAUGCACAUUUCAAUGAGAACAUGUUGCGAGGCUGUAGUGUUUUGUUGGGUCCGGGGUGCGCUGCGUUGUGGAGAGCUCAGAGUUCUGGGCAGAGCGGAGCGGCUGGUUUGGCGGACCUAUUAGAGCAGUACACCCGCAUACUCGCCCAAAACAUGAAGCAGACCUAUCUCAAUCCUGUGGCUCUCGUCGCUCCAAACAUCGUCAUGACUCUGGAUCGUGUUGACAACCACACACACGUGCGGCGCCGCUUUCCACGGUAUCACAGUCCUCUGUUCAGGGGUCAAGCGCUCUGGGAUGCUCACACUCAUGUUGUGCUGCCCCCUGCUGCACUAGUGCCACAGCGUAACGUCUUUUCAGCUCCAUCUCCUGCUGGCCCGGUCAAUCUGCUGGCCAAUCAGACGCUAGAAGCAACGGCAGCCAGACGUUCUUUAUCUCUUCAGGAGGCUCCUGUUUCCAUUGUCAUCAUUCUCAUCUAUCGAAGCCUGGGAGCCGCUCUUCCCCCCAAAUACCACACAGACCGCCGGGGCGUCAGGUUACCCAGACACCCCGUGUUGAACUCCCCUGUCGUGAGCAUUUCUGUGUAUAACAACCAGACCUUCGUGGAGGGUUUUCUGGAGUCUCCGGUGCUGCUGGAGUUUCGUCUUCUGGAGACCAGCAACCGUAGUAAACCACUGUGUGUCCAGUGGAAUCACAGCAGCAUUGUAUCAGGAGGAGGCUGCUGGACUGUGAGGGACUGCAGUGUGUUGUACAGGAACACGUCACACGUUCGCUGUCAGUGCCACAGACUGGGCACAUUUGGAGUCCUCAUGGACAGCUCACAGAGAGAGCAGUUAGAGGGUGACCUGGAGACCCUGGCGAUAGUAACGUACUCCUCGCUCUCGGUGUCAAUGGCAGCUCUGUUGCUGACGGUGUUGGUUUUGUCGUGUCUGCGGGGACUGAAAUCCAACACGCGCAGCAUCCACUCCAACAUGGCGGCCGCUACACUGCUCUCCCAUCUCACAUACCUGCUGGGCAUCAACCAGACGGAGCAACAGUUUCUGUGCACGGUGGUUGCCAUUUUGCUCCAUUACUUCUUCAUGUCGGCGUUUGCGUGGCUGUUUGUGGAAGCUCUGCAUAUUUACCGCAUGCAAACAGAAGCGAGAAACAUCAACUAUGGGGCCAUGAGAUUCUACUAUGCUAUUGGCUGGGGAGUUCCUGCCAUUAUUACCGGGCUAGCAGUCGGGUUGGAUCCGGAGGGCUACGGUAACCCAGAUUUCUGCUGGAUAUCCAUGUACGAUAAGCUCAUGUGGAGUUUUGCGGGACCAGUUAGCGUCGUCAUACUGAUGAAUGGUGGGAUGUUUUUAAUGGUUUUGCGUAUGACAUGUAAUCCCACUCAGAAGGAGAUCAAGAAGCUGCCCGUCAUUUCUACUAUCCGCAGUGCCUUCUUCCUCUUAUUGUUGAGUACAUGUGUUUGGCUGUUUGGUCUGAUGGCUGUUAAUAACAGUGUCCUGGCCUUCCACUACUUGUUCAUUAUCCUCUGCUGCAUACAAGGUUUGGCUGUGCUGUUGGUUUUUACUGUCCUGAACUCAGAGGUCCAGGAGGCCUGGAAACUCGCCUGUCUGGGCAAGAAAAGCCCCGGUGAAGAACCGCCCAGACCUCCACAGAUUACUGGCCAAAACCCGUACAACAGCGCCUCCCUGCUGGAGCAGAGCGGAUUACACCGCAUCACACUGGGAACAUCAACCAUCUCUUCAGUCAGCAGUGCCAGGGAAAAUCUCUUGGCACGGCAGACUCUAGAACACACUCUUGCUCACACUGGCGCCACUGACCUGGACGUGGCAAUGUUUCACCGCAACGGAGGUGAGGACUCAGAUUCAGAUUCAGACCUGUCACUGGAAGAGGAGAGGAGUUUGUCCAUCCCAUCCUCAGAAAGCGAGGACAAUGUCCGUCUGCGUGGACGAAUCCAGCGACGCUUCAAACGCACCGGCCAUGGAGAACGGCUACUCACAGAGGCCACUCACAAUGGCGGAAAAGAUCUGGAUGGCAAUGACCUGCUCUCCUAUUGGCCAGCGCUGGAAGGGUGCGAGGCGCACUCUCUGCAGAAAUGGGGCUCAGAGCGACGUCUCGGGGGUGACUACAACAAGGACGCAGCGAAUAACAACCAGCCAGACGCAGCGCUGACCAGUGGAGAUGAGAACGGCCUCACACAUAGACACCGCAAGGGGAUCCUAAAGAAUCGUCUGGGCUGUCCUCCGGCUCUGCAGGGUCUGUCUGCUGUGGGUCGUGCUCCCAGCGAGAUGUCCUGGUACAGGACCUCCACACUAGGCCACCGAGGAGUUCCAGCUGCCUCCUACGGUCGCAUGUACUCCGGUACUGGCUCACUGUCCCAACCCGCUUCACGAUACUCGUCCCGGGAACACCUGGAUUCAAUAGCAAGACGACAGCGCUCCCGAGACAACCUGGACCUGCUGCCUCGUCGGCGCGAGCUCGGUGCAGAACACCUGGGUGGGUCCAGAGAGAGGCUGGGUUCUGUUCACAGCAUCCACGCAUCCAGAGAAGACCUGGUGGGCAGGGGUGGUUUAGCAGGAUUAAUGGGGGCCGAGGGGUCAUUAAGUGGCUCCAGAUCGCAGCUUAACACCCUAACAAGGCAGCAGGCUUCUCGGGAGCACCUCGGAGGGGCUCUGAUGAGCAGCCGGUCUCGUGAGCAGCUGGAGUCUAAUGGUGGAGCGCAGCCCUGCAGAGAGUGGCUGAGGACCCUGCCGCCCCGCCAGCUCUCACACCCCGACCCGCAUCCGCCCUCCUCACCCCCUCCACCAAUCACAGAGGAACCCCACGAAUCCCUGCCCUCUCGCCGUGGGCGCCUAGACUCUGCGCCCCCGUGUAGGUACCCAUCGUCAUCUGCGGCUGCACCCGGAGCCCCGUCCAGUCGACCGCCCUCUAGUGAACACCUGGAUAUCCUGUCCUCUAUACUCGCCUCCUUCAGCUCCUCUGUGUUAACCCCACCCCCUAACCCCUCUGGCCCCUCCCCUUCCCCGCCUCCUCCUCUCUCUGCAACCUCUCAGAGCGUCUCUGAAGUGUCACCUGACUCUGAAGUUAACAGAAGUGAUGGACAAUCUUGAUGAUUCCUUCACAGUCCCAUAAUGCACCUCUGCAGAUUGGGCUCAGGCGAAUCACAGGACAAAAGCAGUCGGAGUGAUCAGGACUCCUGCGGCACAGGAGGGUGAAGUUCAUCAAGGGCUUGAGAAAGAGCACCCUCCUGAAAACAGACAGCAAAUCAAACCAUAGAAGGUGAUGAUUUCAAUGAUUAUCAUUCAUAAAAACCUCAGAUUCCAGACCAACAGCGGAGAGGACUGGAGAGAGACACAGAGAGAGAAAAACUGUACAGGACAUUUUUAUACUUUUCUAUCUUUUUCAUCAAAGAUCAAAGAAGAAAAAAUCUCUAGUGAUGUUUGUUUGAAGAUUGUGUGGAUAUGUGUUUAAGUGGGUAGGAUCGAAAAAAAAAACACUUUUCAAACCCAUUCCAAGCCAAAACAGUCCCAAACGUUCCCAAUCCAAUCUUUAAAUUGUGUUUAUGCAACAAGCCACGCCCACUGACCAACCAGCUGAGAGUUUAUGAAGAGAAGAGAAGGAUUGGUCAUUGUAAAUGCAGCCCGAACACGGGAUUGGUGGAAAUUUCCAGAGACAGUGAUUGUGAUUGUAAAGAUUUAUGAAGAAGAUGAUGUGAUUGAGCCGUAAUGAUUGUCAGUCAAUGGAUUGUUUUUUUAAAAAAACAGGUGACUUGAUUGGAAGAUUUUAGCUUGGUCUAAAGACAUUUCUUCAGCAAACUCCAACAAACUUGAAGCUGAUUUCUGCCACAGAAUAAAAAAGGUAAUUACAGCUGUAAUUCUGGUUUAUACUGUAGCAGUUGCCAGCAGAAUAUAUUAAUACAUUUUAAGGUGUAAAAACUGGCGAGAAAUGAAAUGUGGAUUGUUAGAAAAUGUUUACUCCUAAAACUGUAAUUCGCAGAAAAAAUUCUGAAUUGUUCAUUUGGAUCUUACAAUUUCAAGUUAUAAUUAGGCAAAUGCCAGAAUAUAUUAUCCAGUUUUAAGAAAAAAGCCAUAAUUACAAGAAAACUGGCUCUUGUGCAUUUAUAUUUCUGAAUUUAAAAAAAAAAAUUGCAAGAAUUAUUUCUAAACGUAAUAGUCAAAAUUAUGACAAAAUGUGUAGACUUGCUGUUACAAAAAAGUUUUAGUUGGUUAAUGGCGCAGUCUAUUUCAGUUCUUCAAAAUAGCAGCACACCAACAAUGCACCCUUAACACACCUCCUUUAUAGACCGGAACAGUCAUGAGUCCAAAAAGUGUCACAAAUAGAUUUGCUAUUUAAACAACAUGGUGCAAAACGUGAAAAUUAGGGUUGCGCUGGUCUGAAAAUAGCAACAAAUCACACCAAACACAUCUUGCGCCUUAUUGCGCGGAGUGUAUGAUAGGGCCCUAUAAUUUACAUCUGAUAAUUGGCCUCAAAUAAAUUUUAAAAAGUCGCAAUUGCAUGAAAGCCUAAAACCCUGCAUUUAUAAGAAAUAAAGUCACAGUACUGGGUUGCUAAACUCAAUUCUGAACAAAAUCACAUUUCUACAAGUUUACAAUUGUUUGUUCAUGUUCUGCAUCGUACAAUUCUGUACAUCGUACAAUUCCAACAUUUCCAGAUUCCAGACAUUUCCAGCAAAAAAGAAGUAAGAAUAUAAAAUUAAUUUUUUUAAAUUACUUUUUCUUUAAAACCAUGGCAGAAAUCAUCUUCAAUAUUCAUGAGAUGGCUGUCCAGAUUCUGAAAUAUUUUCAGCCAGACCGCUCUAAUGCUUUUACAAUAACGAGCGUGUGUUGAAGUUUGCUAAAGCUCUGUUAAAAGACCUUUAAUUGAUUUGUGUAACCAGCCUUCAAGCAUAUUCAAGACUUCACAGCAUAAUAAAAAAUCUUUCAUAUCCAGGCUUAUCAUAAUUCAAAUACUGCUUAAGGAAAUCAUUAUCAAAUCAGCUAUUGAGGAGAAGCUAUUUAAUCCGUCUUUGAUUUCCUCUUUCCUAGCAUAAAUAUCAGUGAUUACUGUUUCUGUGAAGAAUUGAAUAUAAAGGAAGGCACAUUGCGAUAUGAGCUAACAGUCAUUAAGGUGAAAUCAGUCAAAAAUGUCCUGUUAAAAGAGAAAUCAUGCAUCAUCGUACCUUUUCUCUUUAGUUAUUUACAGUAUUAUCAUGAGUUUUGCCAAAAAGAGUGCCCUAUGUCACCCGUUUAUACCUCUUACCUGUCAUAAAGUGCUCCAGACAUUUUUCUAUUUAUGAUUUUUAUAUUAAUUUAUUACUGCAUAACUUUAUCUUGUACAGACAUUAAACUAAUUUAUUUUAUUUAUUAAUAUUUAUCCUUUCUCCACCAUAGCUGUUGCUGGAGUGUUUCUAAAGCAGUGCGAGUGAGAGUUUUUGUUUUUAUAUAAGAGCCAAGUCUCAUCCGUUUCAUAUGUUUUAUGUGUGAAAUUUUUUUGUACAUGUACCGUCCCCCUCCUCACAAUGCAUUCUGGGAAGAGUCAGAAAGAGAGAGCGGUGGAAGACAAUGAACGGAUGGCAGAGAGAAAAGGGGAAUGUAUAAUGGCCCAACAUGUUUAUUAUUGGACAUGUUGGAUCCCUUUUACUUAUGGGGGUUUUCAGAUUUAAAAAAAAAAAAAAAAAACAGCUACCAAUGGGAGAAAAUGACACCUGUUGGGCGUCA